CUUCUGGUCAUCUCCUGGGGGAUGGUCGACAAAGGUUCAUAAUUUUAUGUUCAUCCUACAAUCUAAUAUAAAGCUCUUGUGUUUACGGUACGAGGAAUGCAAGUUCUUGUCUUGAGACGAAAGUCUGCUCUGAUUUGAACUUUCCGAGAUACAGGGAGAAAAGGGCACUCAAAGCAGAGGACGGAAAAGAUUCAGGGCCUGGAGGGACAGGUGAAAAAGGAAGCACCUUUAUAUGAUGUUUUCCUUGGUGAUGAACAUUCGAUGUGCGUAUUCCCCAUUUGCAGCUUAUGAAUCUAAUCGCCCAAAUGGGAGGCCGAGAACGGCGUGCCGCAAGAAUCAAGGCUCAAGAGCUAAACGAGAUUAAUGGGUGCAUUGGGUGGUACCAUCUUCAACCUUUGUUAUCUCCCAGUCAUUUUUCUUCUUCUUUGUUGGGGGGUCUUCAGAAGAUAUUUUGGUGGGGCCGCAAGAUAUUUUCUAUAAAUAUCUUCUCCCAAAAAAUAUCUCAACUUGGACAGAACCGCCAUUGUAGUAUAGGUCCACGUUUUAUUGUCCCCAAAGAAGCAAUUAUUUUUAUAUUCUGUGUUAUGCGCAUUCCUUAUCCGAUUUUGUCGCGAGACGGUUGAUUGAUGAAUAAAACCGUCUUUUUCCUGUUUCUUCUUCUUCUGGAAAUUCUUUCUUGCGGGCACCUCCGCUUCUUCUGCGCGUUUCCGGAGGGACUGACUGUGUAGCGCGAGAAAAUGGAUGAAUUGCCGGACCAUCUGGUUUGGGACAUUCUCAGGAAACUCCAGAAAACCAGAGACAGAAACUCGGCUUCGCUGUCUUGCAAGCGUCUCUGCUCACUAGACAAUGAACAGAGACAUUCUCUACGUAUUGGUUGCGGUCUUGUUCCCGCGAAAGAAGCCUUGGCUUCUCUCUGCACGAGGUUUCCCAAUCUGUCCAGAGUUGAGAUCAUAUACUCUGGUUGGAUGUCCAAAUUGGGAAAGCAACUCGACGACAACGGGCUUCUUGUGCUAACCGCCAACUGCCAUUCCCUUACCGAGCUCACCCUCAGUUACUGCACCUUCAUCACUGACGUUGGCCUUCGUUAUCUGUCUUCGUGUUCUAAGCUUUCCUCGAUGAGGUUGAAUUUCACGCCCAGAAUCACGGGGUGUGGCAUAUUGUCUCUUGCCAUUGGUUGCAAGAAGCUUACGAGUCUCCACCUUAUCCGAUGCCUAAAUGUGACCAGUGUUGAGUGGUUGGAAUAUCUAGGGAAGCUUGAGAAUCUGGAGGAACUCUGCAUCAAGAACUGCAGGGCCAUCGGGGAGGGUGAUCUGAUGAAACUGGGACGUAGCUGGAGGAAGAUACGGAGCCUGCAGUUCGAGGUUGAUGCCAAUUACCGAUACAUGAAGGUUUAUGAUCGGUUAUCCGUGGAUAAGUGGCAGAAACAGCUGGUUCCAUGUGAGAAUCUUGUCGAGCUCAGCCUGGCGAAUUGCAUCAUCAACCCAGGUAGAGGUCUAGCUUGCAUUUUGAGCAGAUGCAAGAACUUGGAGAAGCUUCAUCUGGACAUGUGUGUCGGUGUUCGGGAUUCAGACAUCGUUGGGUUGGUCCAAAGGGCUAAACAUCAUCUCAGAAGCAUCUCACUCCGUGUCCCCUCGGAUUUCACUCUGCCUCUUCUCAACAACAUCACCCUCAGGUUAACCGACGAAAGCCUCAGAGCCAUCGCCCAGAACAGCUCAAAGCUCGAAUCUUUCAAGAUCUCGUUCUCAGACGGGGAGCUCCCCUCGCUAUUCUCUUUCACCCUCGACGGGAUAAUCACUCUGAUACAAUCCUGCCCGAUACGAGAGCUAACCCUCGACCACGUGUGUUCCUUCAGUGACACGGGCAUGGAAGCUCUGUGUUCGGCGCAGAAUCUGGAGAUGUUGGAGCUUGUCCAGUGCCAGGAAGUGGGCGACGAGGGUCUGAUACUGGUGAGCCAGUUUCCACGGCUCACCGGCUUGAAACUGGUAAAGUGUUUGGGGAUCUCGGACGAGGGAUUAAGGCCCCUUGUCGGGUCUCAUAAACUGGAUUUGAUCGUCGUUGAAGAUUGUCCCCAGGUUUCGGAAAGAGGCGUUCAUGGAGCUGCCAGGUCUGUCUCUUUCAGACAAGACUUGUCCUGGAUGUUUUGAUACACAAUUUUCUUGACGAAGAAUAAUACUCUAUUACAUCAUUGCAGGAUGCAGACUCAUUCAGGUCCUCAGCAAACAUAUGAAAUAAUAUAAUGUAAUAUUUAGUUGACUUUUUAUGGAUUAUGAGAUAUUUAUAUUAUAAUGCCAGGGUUUGUUGA